AUGGAAAAUGUGAUUAUGUCUGCCAGUGAAUAUGUCGACAACUUGAUGACUUGGGUUUCCGAACUUAUCGAUGAUGAGUCCGUCUUCCCAUCUCUCUUGAACAAGCCUUUUCCGCAGAAUUUCAAGGCCACCUGUUCCGAUAUUAUAAGACGUCUAUUCCGGGUUUACGCGCAUAUUUACAUCGACCAUAUUCAACACAUCCGGAAUCCCCGGCUUGAUGAAGAAGCUCAUUUGAACACGAGCUUUAGACAUUUCAUUCUUUUCGCGCAAGAAUUCCAGUUGAUUCCCCUAAACGAGCUUGCUCCGCUUCAGAAGAUCAUCGAUCGGCUUACCAAGCACUGA